GGCAGCGCGGCGAUGGCUGGGCGGCGAGCGGGCGCCCCGGCCAGUCGGGGUUGAGCCCGGCGGCUUGACCCGACCCCUUCCCCGGAGCUGCAGUGCAGACUCGCCCCAUGGGGAUGAUGAUCCCGCCGGAGCGCAGCGAGGUGGCUUGGGCGCCGGCAGGAAAAGACAAAGAUUCUUCUGCAGCUCUGUAUAAGCGAGGCGGCUUGCUAGGCAAAGGUGGCUUUGGUACCGUUUAUGCGGGACAAAGAAUUGCUGAUGGAUUGCAGGUGGCCAUUAAGCAUGUUGCCAGGAACAAGGUGGUCGAGUGGGCGAAGCUGCCUACUGGGACAGCGGCACCGCUGGAGGUGGUACUGAUGAGUCUUGUGUGUUCGGGCAACGGCCACCGUGGUGUGAUCCGGCUGUUGGAUUGGUACGAAACUCCAGAAGGCUUCUUCUUGGUGCUGGAGAGACCCGAACAUUGCCAGGAUCUCUUUGACUAUGUGACCGAGCAAGGGCCCCUGCCCGAGAAGCUCUCCCGGCAGUUCUUCCGCCAAGUGGUGGAAGCCGUCUGCCACUGUCAUGCCCAGGGGGUGGUUCAUCGGGACAUCAAGGAUGAGAACAUCCUGGUGGACGUCCGUACUGGUAACCUCAAGUUGAUCGACUUUGGUUCGGGAGCCCUGCUGAGGGAUUCUGUCUACACAGAGUUUGAUGGUACUCGUGUGUACAGCCCGCCGGAAUGGGUGGCAUUCCAGCAGUAUCACGCCCUUCCAGCAGCCGUCUGGUCUCUGGGAAUCCUGCUGUAUGAUAUGGUGUGUGGCGAUAUCCCCUUUGAGAGGGACGAGGAGAUUCUGGCAGCCAGUGUGCAGUUCCGUGUGCCCGUCUCUGCUGACUGCCAAGAUCUCAUCCAAUGGUGCUUAUCUCCAGAUCCUUCUAAGCGGCCGUCCUUAGAGCAGGUGCUUUUACACCGAUGGCUGAAGCUCGACCCCCUUCUUCAGCCUGAAGAAAAGCCAAGCCCAUCACCUCCCAGGGGCACUGCUUCUAACAGCAGUGGCUGAGGGACUGAACUUCUCCUCCUCCGCUUCUGAGGUGGGAACGGUGGUGCGGAUUUGGUACCAAAUGGACCUCAGGACAGCCAGGCUUGGUCACUGGCUGUGAAAGAGUUAACCUGGUUCUACAGGUUUCUUAUUCACUGCACUCCUUGGCAAGAAGGAACUCGAGCUGGGCAGGAAACCAAGGCGUCCGAGCUCAAAGUCCCUCUGCUAUACAAAUGAUGUUUGAAUUCUGGCCUACCCAGGGACCGGAAAUCUCCAUAUGUGUAAAUACUUGUGUAUUGAUAUUUGCCAGUCCCGCUGCCUUCUUGGGAAGACGGAGUUUGAGGUGAACUUCUGCUUCUCCAACUGAUUGUUAUUUUACCCUAUGGGGUCAACCAGUAGGCAAAAUCCCUUAUUGUAUAGGUUUGGUUUACAGUAGUGUGGCUGUUUUAUUUUAUGUUAUUUUAUUUGUUGAAAUAUCUGUACAGAGAAAUUCUACCCACCAGCAAAAUCUGUACAGGAAUCUAUUUAAUAAAAAAGAUUGUCUUAUGAAGCUGAA